UGAAAAAUGGCGGCCAGAAACCAAACUCGUUUCCAAUCCCUAUCUUUUUGGUGGAGUAGUGUCCAGACUUCUUUCAGCCUACAAUAUGGCGGACAGCAUUGCAGCUCUUUAUGACCGUGCAAAGCUUUUACAAAGUAAUGGAUGUCAUAACGAUGCUCUCAAAGUAUUGGAUAAGGUCAUUGGACUUGCUGAACAGUAUAAAGAGGAAAGCAAAUCAAUAACUCGUUUGUUAUCUUGUGCAUGGAACGACAGAGGACAUUUAAAGUACUUGCAAGUCAAAUUCGAUGAUGCAAUUUCAGACUAUACUCGGGCUAUAGAACUUGAUAAAGACUUUACAAUACCUUACUACAACCGAGGGCAGGUUCAUUACAGAAUGGGUAGAUACAAGAAGGCAGUUCAAGACCUUAGACAAGCCCUUAAGAUUGAUCCAAGCUUUGAGGAUGCAGAACAUAACCUACGUCAGGCAUUACAAGAUUGGAAAUUAUCUCUCUAAUCUCUAAAGAUUUUUAAUGAGGUUGUAUUUAGGUUGGCUUGCAGGAUUAUCGAAACUGCUGAGACUUCUUUGGAUAAUAUCAUUGAACAAGUCACUUACAGACAUCUUACAUGUGAUGCAUGCAAGAAUUAGGAGAGAUUGGCAGGAACUUCCAUCUUAUAUCAAGACAAAAGCAGCCACCUGCUCUGGCCCAUGUAUUUAAUAUGUUAUUUAGCCAAGCCUAAAAGCUAAAAGCAGAGCUCCUUGGCUGGGCUCUUCAAAGCCUUAUUAAGCUAAACCAGGAUAAGCAACAAUUUUGAUUUGAGUUUUGCACUUUGCGGUGAGGUUUUCUGUGUAUUGUUUGGCCUUC